AAAAAAAAAACUCCUGGCACGUGGAUCACAUGAUGGAUUGCGUGCUAGAAUUAAACCCUCAGAAACUCUUAAGACGGUGAAUUAAACCCUCAGAAACUCUUAAGACGGAGGAGCUUAGAUAAAUCAGGAGAUAGAAGCCAAAAUUUUGCCUUCUUUUAUCAAGUGUUGCUCCGAGAUUCAUUAGAUUCUGCAGUGUAAUGAUUAUUCUGUUUUGAGGAGUGAAAUAAAAAUGAGCAAAACAAGCAUAGACAUCCAGAAGAGAAAGAGAAGUGAAUGGCCAAAAUUGAUCGAUGCAUCAUUUUUUGUACAGCUUCCUCAAAAAAUUCAAACUUGUUUAAAGUCACAUCUCAAGAGAUCUAAAAAUGGCAAUGAAGGAACAAACUUGAAAGCCUCAGUGGAGAAAGGAUCAAGUACUGCAUUGGGGCUCAAUCUAGAGAAGCAAUUGCAACAUUGGAAAGAAAAUCCUGUUUGGACUGAGCAACCCCCAGAAAUAAAGGUCAGUGUACCAAAAGGUUCUCUUUGCAACCUUAGUGUGGAAGUUGAUGUUGGAUUGCCCCCAGAUGCAGUUUACAAUAUUGUCAUAGACCCUGACAAUAAGAGGGUCUUCAAGAAUAUUAAGGAAGUAACCUCAAGAAGAGUCUUGCUCGAUGAAGGAUUAAGGCAAGUAGUUGAAGUGGAACAGGCAGCCUUAUGGAGGUUUCUUUGGUGGUCAGGGACCAUUUCAGUUCAUGUUAUAGUAGAUCAAAACAGAGAAGAUCACUCGAUGAAAUUCAAGCAAGUGAAAACAGGAUUCAUGAAAAGAUUUGAAGGUUGCUGGAGGGUGAAACCUGUGUUUGUUGAUGAAAAAUCCUGCUUUCCCUUCAAACCCAAGACAUGGGAUGAAUAUUAUUCAUGUACUGGAGGCAAAGGUAGGAUUGGGUCAAAAGUCAGCUUGGAGCAACUGAUCCAGCCAGCUAUUGUUCCACCCCCACCCAUUUCCUGGUAUCUAAGGGGAAUCACCUCAAGGACCACUGAAAUGCUGAUAAACGAUCUGCUUGCUGAAGCGGCCAGAAUUAGAGGAAUCUCUGAGCCUAAAAAAUCCGUUGGAGAACCAUCUGAACAAACAUAUGAACACCAAGUGGAUGAAGUAUGUGACAUUAAAGAAAGAUGGGCCCUGCGAAGGAGAAAUGGGAAGCAAUAUCAUAAAAAGUUCCCUUAAGACUGAAAUCAUUGAGUUUUUAGUUUGUAUUCUCUUGAAACUUGAGUUUUUAGUUUGUACUCUCUUGAAACUUGUGUCUGUAUUCAAUGUAAUCUUUUAAAUUUUAAACUGUUCUCCAGUUUGUUUGCUAUGAGGCUUCUGUUAAAAGAAUGUAAUAGAUUAUAUUAUUUCCAUA